AUAUCUCCGCUGCUCGUGAUCUCACUGUCCGCCGAGAUACCCUAACGGAGAUAUUUUUGUUUUCUUUGGUUUUACUUUUCCUAAUUUCCCCGUUCUCCCAGUCUGCUAGUAUCUCCAAACACCAUGGCACCUAUCUCUGUCGCCGACAUCGUGGCGGCCCUGCCUGCGGAGGACACUUGGGGCCCCGCUACCUCGACCGACAAUAUGCUGGAUGGUGUUCCAUUUGCUCCCUUCUCUAAGGGUGACAAACUGGGCCGUAUGGCUGACUGGACCUCUGAGUCCAAGGAUCAAAGAGGUGGCCGUCAGGCCUACAACCGUAACUUCAGGGACCAGCAAGUGUACGGUGCCGGCUCCUCCAAUCUUUUCAGCAUUCAGGCUGCCGAAGAUGAAUCAUCUUUCUCCGUUGUCGACAAUACUCGUACCUCCGCUAAGCGCACCUUUGGCCGUGGUGGUGGCACCGUCUUUCGUGGCCGCGCUCAGCGUGGCGCGGGCCAGAGAGGCGGUCGCGCUGGCUUCCAGCGUGUGGGUGCUGGCCGUGGUCAGGGUGAUCGCUUCUACGACAACCGUGCCGGUCGCAGCAACCGUGGACGUCGCUUCGGAUGGAAGGACUAUGAUAAGCCGCAGCGGACUCGUGAGCCGUCUGUCAAUGUGCGCCCCGACUGGACUAUGCUGGAGGAAGUGGACUUCAGCCGUCUGCUGAAGCUGAACCUGGAGACCCCUGAUGGCGAGGACAUCGAUUCGUAUGGUUUCCUGUACUACUACGACCGGUCUUACGACAAGGCUCCCGUCAAAGGCGCCGAGCGCAGACUGCAGUCCAUGGACCGUGCUGCCUACAACGUCACUACCUCCCAGGACCCUGUCAUUCAGGAGCUCGCCGAGAAGGACCAAGCCACUGUUUUCGCUACUUCCGAUAUCCUGUCUAUGCUGAUGUGCGCCCCCCGCAGUGUCUACUCCUGGGAUAUUGUUAUUGUGCACCAGGGCAACAAGAUCUACUUCGACAAGCGGGAGGGCGCCUCGCUCGACCUGGUGACUGUCAACGAAAAUGCCAUUGACGCUCCUCUCGAGGUUGCCGAAUCUUCCGCUAAGCAGGAAUCGAUUAACACUCCUAGCGCUCUUGCUAUGGAGGCCACCUUUAUUAACCAUAACUUCGCUCUGCAGACUGUCGCUGAGUCCCAGGACGCCAAGGUGGACAUGAAGAAUGCCAACCCCUUCUACAAUGCCGCGGAAGAGACCGAGCCUCUUGCCUCCAAGGCCUACAAGUAUCGCCGUUUCGAUCUGUCCUUGGAGCGCGACGAGGAGCCUUUGAACAUGGUCGUCCGCACUGAAGUCGACGCCCUUCUGAAGAACCCGGUCAACGGUGAAGACCAGCAGCUGGUUGUCAAGGCCUUGAACGAAUUUGACAGCAAGGCCCAGGGCUCUGGUGGUGCUCUGGACUGGCGCAGCAAGCUCUGGUCGCAGCGCGGUGCUGUCGUCGCCACAGAGAUGAAGAACAACAGCCUUAAGCUUGCCCGCUGGACCACACAGGCCAUCCUUGCCAAGGCUGACGGCAUGAAGCUUGGUUUCAUCUCUCGUGCCAACCCCCGUUCUGCCGCUGGUCACGUUGUCCUCGGUGUUGUGGGCUACAAGCCCCGCGAUCUUGCCGCUCAAAUGAACCUGAACCUGGGCAACGGAUGGGGUAUUGUGCGCACCAUUGUCGACCGUAUCCGCGCCCUGGAUGCUGAGGAAGACGAGGAAAAGGUCAAAAAGUACGUUCUCAUCAAGGAUCCCAACCGCCCUGUUAUUCGACUCUAUGGCGUGCCGGCCAACACUUUCGAGGAGGAUGAGGAGGCUGCCGCUGAGGCGGAGGAGCAGAAGGCCGAAGAGGAUGAGGAGUAAAUUUAUGCCUGAGUUGCUGUCUGCCAUGAUAUCAUGUCGUGAUUCUUAUGUUCCUUUUCCCGGAUAAUUUUUGGCGCAUAUAUUCAAAAGUCGUUAGAGCUAUGAAGAUUGCCCUCGAGGUCUUGAAUGCCUUUCAAUGAUUCUACACGGUACCUAGAUACUCUCCUCAACAACACAUGUACCCGUACACUUGAUACCUACCGCCCCUUGGGGAUAUGAUACCGAUACACUAUUUCCAACAUGUUCCUGUACUGAAC